AGCGGAAAUCGCCUUCCAACCUAACUUCCUUAGUGACAACGCAGCAGUGGAACAAUAGCGUCACUGGUCCCGCCUUCACCGAGCAGCCAGGAAGAACCACAUUCAUACCAGCUGCCCCGGAUCUCUCCGGCUGUUUCGGUUUAUGCUUUACCGACUGCUGAGCUGUGUAACCCGGAAAGCGACGGCCUCAGCUUUUUACCGACUGCCUGCUCUGAUAAUGAAGCCGCAGGUUUAUUUCGUUCUCGGGGGCCCCGGAGCCGGGAAAGGCACCCAGUGCGCCAAGAUCGUGGAGAAAUACGGCUACACCCACCUGUCAGCUGGAGACCUGCUGAGAGCGGAGCGAGGGAGGCCAGGCUCGGAGUUCGGAGAGCUCAUUGAGAACUACAUUCGGGACGGGAAGAUCGUGCCAGUGGAGAUCACCAUCAGUCUGCUGCAGAGGGCCAUGGAGGAGACGAUGAAGUCGAAUGAGGAGAACAACAAGUUCCUGAUUGACGGCUUCCCCAGAAACGAGGACAACCUGCAGGGCUGGAACAGGACCAUGGACGGCAAGGCGGACGUGAAAUCCGUGCUCUUCUUCGACUGCUGCAAUGAGGUGUGCAUCGACAGGUGUUUGGAGAGGGGGAAGAGCAGUGGCCGCAGUGAUGACAACAGAGAAAGUCUAUUAAAAAGGAUUCAGACGUAUGUGCAGUCCACCAAACCCAUUAUAGAGCUGUAUGAAAAGCAGGGCAAGGUCCACACCAUAGACGCCUCCAAAACUGUGGAUGACGUAUUUGCUCAUGUACAGAAAAUCUUUGACAAGGAAGGAUAAAGCCUGAAUGAGAGAACCAGCCUUUGAAAACUAUAAACCGUGCGCUCUGCAGAUAGCUGUUGGAACAUUCUCUUUUUCUUUCUCUGUUUUUAUAUAUAAAUAUAAAUAUUUUAUUUUUACUUGGUGGGAUAAAUGCUGUUUUUUAAUGUUUUGUGGAGGUAACUGAGAUCUGUACAAAACUCGAUUUAAAAUAAUUAAAUUUAAAAUAAAUAAAUAAAUAAAUACAAAAUAAUUAAGCUCUGGGGCUGACUAAGAAAUGUGCACGCGGUGAGGAAAGCCUUUCUACUGUCUGGGCUCACACAGGGGCAGGCUGGUCUGGAAACACAUUGUAUACUGCAGACCGCUCCAGGUUUAAUUGCACUGCCUGUUGUUGGGGUUAAGGACUCCCUUAGCAGUGGCCUGACCCAAGGACCAAAUCAGCUGCCUUCCACAGUCACUGCUCUUGUGUCAUAUAGGUACUUAGCCUUUUUUUAAUGAAAGUGAUCAAAUCGUUGGUGUGCAGCUGCUGACGGGUCUGGGGUUUGCACAGAUUUCCAUUUCAUCUGGCUUCUAAUUGUAAUAGUCACAGUCUGACAAAAGUAGGUUACUGCUGUGCACAGAUCUGGCAGAUGUUUACAUAAGGAGUUUGUCAUGAUUAGGGCUCUCUAUUACCUUGUGGUGGACAGGGUGUGCAUUGCCUUUAAGCCAGAUUCCAGGUUAUAGUGCAUGCACUACAAGCUUACACUUUCAUUAUCAUUAAUAUUAUUAUUACUGUAUUUGUAUACAUGUGUAAAUCAGGAUUCCACUUUGGAGUUGCAUCUUAUUUGGUUUCUGUACCAGCUUUAUGCAGAUCUCAGAGACGGAGGGCAGGAAUGAAUUGGGAGUCCUAUGGCAUCCUCGGACAUGGUGUGUAUUUUAUUUGUUGGAGUGUUUUUCUUGACGUAUCCUCUCGUUUGUGAGAGAGUCCUGCCCAGGCAGCAAGAUGCAUCCUUACCGGACCUCUGCCCUGGCUGCAUGUCCUUUAGAAUCAAGAAAAAUGAAUAUAGAACAGAUGAGAUGGUGUGUAUUGAGGGAAAUUCAUUUUAGGAAUUCUGAAAUUGUUAUGUAAAUUGCUUGGGAACUCCCAUAGGAAUGGUAUUGGGUUAGGAAUACAAUGGAUGCACUGUAGUGCUAUGGUAAACCAGAGUCUGAAUGCAGAAACUCCAGAUGGCUGGAAAGGCAUUUCAAUUUGGUGCACCAGUCCCCUUAUGAUGGGAUACAUAGGAAUCUCCUGGGUUAGAAAGGUAUAGGAGUGGGUGAGCAGAGAUUUAUUUUGUAUUUAUCUCCUCUGCCUGCUGGAGAGCUUUGUUACAAAGUUGCUUGGAUCUGUUGGAUCUCGGUUCAACAACCCAGCUUUGGCAAACGGUGACGUAAGGGUUGUGGAAGAGGAAGUCAAGUUUUUUACAAACCGUGAUGCACUGCAGUCUAGUGCCUCAUAUGAGUGAAUCUUCAAGCCUUUGAUAACUGGACCAUUGUAGUUCACCUCCCCUUCCAUAGAUCCUCUUUACAUUUUGAUUGUUUCUAAAUGAAGUUCCUGCUCACCCUAAUGCCCAGUCCUCUCCCCACAUCUGCAGCUCUUAGAGUCUCUGAAGCGGGACACGGCUUGCAUCCCAAACCUGCCACAGUGUGUUCUGUACUCGUGUUUGCUUGUAUUUCUGCUGCUUUGGUACGAUACUGUUUGCUAUUAAAGACAAUUAUAUGCAUUUUUCAUGUAAUCAUGGGGGGGGAAAGGACCAGUUUGGUUUUAACUUAGUGUGUUUUAUCUAAGUAAGUCUCAUUUUAAAACAAAUAAAGCCCUCUUAACUCUU